AUGUGGUUUAAUGUAGAAGAGCAAGAUCAUUAUGAGUACUAUGAAAAUCUUAUUGGUUUUUAAGCUUAUUCUAUUGCUUAUGAUUCACAAUCAAAGUAUCUUUUCAUUCAAGGUACUAACUAACAUCACUACGAAGUUUAAAUUUUUAAAGUAGAAUCUCAUAAUUUGAUGUACAAUAAAAAGUGUUUUUCAUCAUACGACUAUUAUAAUGAUGUUAAAGUAUACCAAGACUAUAUAAUUGGUUCAGUAUUUUAUGGAAAAGAUAACCAAGGAGAAAAUUAAUUCAUAAUAUUUGGCUCUAUCAAAUAAACAUCUUCAGGAGAAAUUGCUUCUUAAGAGGUUAUAUAAAAGGGUUUGAUAUCUCUAACUCGUAAUUAUCAUACAUGUCUUUAUCAUUUAGAUAUUGAUGAAUUCAUCACAGAUGAUGAUAAUGGAAUAGUCUAUAAUGGAAUAGUCUCUUAUACUAUUAUGGCUAAUUUCAUUGAACUAAUUAAUACCUCUGGUGAAUUUAUCGAAGUAUCUGAAAGAAUGACAAUAGAUGAUUUAAAAUAAAUUCCUGGGGAGACGUAGAAUAUUGGAACUUGUUCAAUCUUACUACAACCAUUGUUAUUUGAUGAUGUAGAAAUUAUUUAUAUUUAAGAGUCUGACGUGAUGACAAAUGAAAUUAUGAUAAAUAAUUUUGAUGUAGUUAUAGAUGAGAUACUCACAGACUAUCAGAUAAUAAUUUAACACAAAAUCAACAAUGGGUAGAUAUUUUAGCAGAAUAUUACAAUUAAAAUAAUAAGUUCUUGCCACUAUGCUACAAUUUCAUUAACUCCAUCUAAUUAAACAGUUGAAUAUAUAUCUGGGUUCGCAUAUUAGCUUACUGUGAUAGAUCUAUAAUCAUUCCAGUCACAGUCAAUGACAUGGAAAUUGAUUGUAGGUAGCCAUUGCCUUAAGUUCAGAGUAUAUCAUAUUGGUCUCAAUCUUUAGAUGGAUGUCCAGAUUUAACUUAUGAACUAUAGCAUUAACUUACAAGUAACACUAGAAGAAGUAGAAUUUAUCGCUAGUUUCAUUGACAGUUGCUAACAACCAAUAUUUUCGCAUUAAAAACAGUCACCAUUAGCUAUAACAGGAGACGAUUGGUCUAUAUCUCCAACUCAUUGUGGGCCAAUUUUAUUUACAUUCCUAAUAAAUGACGAAAAAGUUGAAACUUUUGAAUUUGCUUCAGUUUCCUCGAAUCAACUCUAUAUUUAUACUGAUAAGUUGAAUUUUAGAGGCAACUACUAGUUAACCAUAAUAGGAACAGUGCUUGGAAAUUAUUCUUAUUAAUUCUAAACUACUUUACAAAUUAUUGAAUUUAAUCCAUGCUCAACCGCUAAAUUAAAAUUCAUUGAAGUUGAACCUAUUAUAUUUGAUAUUAGCAAAGGUUUGACAGAUCAAGCUUUAAUAUCUCCAAAAAAUAAAAUACUGAAUGCAACCAUCUAUUCCGUUCAGAAAUCAAUAGUUAAUAUAUCAAUUCCAAUGACUUCUGAUAUUCAGGCAAUAGGAAGCUAUAUUUAUAAUCUUAGCAUUUCUGCAUAAUUCUUGGAUCAGUAUUAAUACUCUAAUUACACUCUAAUUGAAAUUCUUGUUCAGCCAAGUUGCUCAGAAAACAAAGUUUUAUCUGCUCAUUCUCUCAAUAAUUCUAUUUAUGAAUACUAGCUUGGUGAAAUAUUCCCUGAUUAAUAGGAUAUCACAUUUACUCUAAAGAUUGAGGAUGCUUGUACAUUAGAAAAUUUACAAAGCCCUACUUUCAAAUACUUAAACGAAUAUGCAAUUGGAGAUUAGAGCAUGAAUAUCAUUUUACUCCCAUUUACAUUAAAGCCUUAAUGUAAUGGCAUCACUGUGAAUUAGACUGUUUCAAUUAGUCGUUAGGAUUAAUCUGAGAGCAGCAUUGAAUUUAUUAAGUUUAACCCAGAUAUUAGUUCAAUAUUCAUUUUUUCAGAAAAAAGUGAUCAUAUUGGAAAAUAUAUUGUUAGAGUCAAGGGCCAAAUAAAUUUCUAACAAUUGACUAUUACACCAACAGAAAAUGACUAAGGUUAAUAUUAAUUUGAUAUCGCUAUUAUUGAUACAAUAACUGGCUUAAUUUUAUCACAAACUUAAAUAAGAUUAAUGAUAUAUUAAAAAGAGGAAGUAUUAUCAAUUAAAUAGUAAGAAUUGAAGUAAUAUUUCGUGGAAUCGGCAAAUGAGAUUAUAGUUAAUGGAUUAAAGAUUUAGAAGAAGAAACUAACAGGCAAGAUUAAAGCAAAGAUCGACAAUAUAGAUUAAAGCGGUGUUAUAACAUUGAAUUUCGAUUCGAAUCUAUUAAAACCUAAAAUCAUUCAACCUUUAGUUUACUUUGAAGCUUUUAGCUUUUCAAUAUUUGAUUAAAGAAACGAAAAGAUGAUAGAAUUAAAGCAAACAUCAAAAUCUUAGAUCAGAAUUCUUUCUGCCACUGAAACUUAAAAUUACACUCCUGAAUAAACCUCAGCCUAUAACAUCUCUCAGUUUAAGGAUAACAUCGUCCAAAUUCAAAUAGAUUUUCCAGAUCCAAUAAAUAUAUCCUAGUCAUAGGUAGCUGCAACUAAGGCCUUAUAAGCAUUGGCUGUUACUGCUUCAACUGCAUUAACUGGUGCAAUAGGCUCAAAUAUAUUUCUUUCACUUGUGCUUGGUUUGUCAUUAAAGAAGCUGUGGAUGUUAAUUUAGACCCUUUAGAUUAUUGUACAUUUACCCUUGCUACAGAUACCUCUUCCAUCAAAUGUUAUUUUUUGCUUUAGCUCAAUCAUAGAUAUUUCAAACAUGAAUAUUAUCCCAAAAAAAUACAUAAAAGACAUUUUAGGAGUAUUUAUGAAAGAUUAAAAGAAUGGCAUAUAGGAAAACUUCAAAGUGAUGGAUAUCUUUGUCAACAGUGAUUAACAAAUACAACUAUUGUUUGCAAUUAUUAUGGUCAUUUAUUUGACUUCAAUAAUUGUCCUCAUUAUUGCAUUUUUCAGAAAAUACCAGCUUAAACUGUAGGAACAAUAAGUAAAAGAUAGUAACCUUGAAAUCAUAUCCAAUUCUUUAAGCAAUGUUGCAAGUCUUUCUCAGUCUAUUUUUACUGAUAUUUGUGAUUUUAAUCAAGCCCUUCGAAAGAAAGCUAGAUUACAUUUUUGA